UGAUUUUUAUGCUGUGUUUGUGAUAUUAUUACAAAAAAUAGUGAAUCAAAUAUUGCUGUCAUAAGAGUGAUCAAAGUUUUUAUUUCAUCACAAAUUCUAUUCAAACGGCAAUCUCUCGCAUAUCAUAGGACGAUAUCUUAUGGCUUAACUCAGCGCUAAUUUAAAACGGAAAUCAGAUACCAAUGAAUAGUUACGAGAAGUAAUAGUCACCACAAAAUGUGUUUUGCAGACCAACUCUCAUUUGGCCACAGCUUCCGACCCCUAUUCAUGUCUCAGUGAUUGUCGACUAAAAUGCGUCUAAAGGAGCGGAUUUUGGUGCUAUUGAUAUGCGCCACGUGUUGUCUACUCUGUGUCUUCUUCGUCAUCACCGCACGACUACAGGACGACACCAGCUAUAGCCGUGCACUGGGAGGUCUAGAUCUGUCGAAACUGUCGGAGCGCUCAGGACUUCCAAUACUCUCACAAUUCCAGAGACGGUUCCUAAACAGACAAAUGUCUAAAGAGUUGGAUCCAAACCAACAGAAAACACUCGAAGGACAGCCGCCAAGUGGUGUCCCAUCGAAGGCAACCCAACUCUCAGCCAAAAACAAAUACUCAGAGAUAGAGAGCGAGAGGUCGACCCAUAAUAAUAAUAAUAAUAACAAUUUUAAGAGAAGAUUAGAAAUCAAUGAAUUGUCUCAAAUCGACGACGACUUCUCCGAUUUAUUGCAUUUCAUUGAUUUGCAGUCGAGAUCUGAUGAACAGUCGCAUCCACACGACUACCCAAUGUUGGCUGAGAUGUUGGGUAUAAUCCCGGAGUGA